AUGAAGCCGCUGGUGAAGGAGCGCUGGUUCCCCCGCCGCGGGCGGCAAAUGCGGGGCGAGCAAGCGAGCGCACAGGCGGGGGCGUGGAUGCGGGGCGGGCAGAUUUGGGGCGAGCCUGCGCGCGGCUCAGGCGGGCUUCGCACGGGCGGGGCUGCGCUCGCCGAGGGGAGGAAAGAAAAGAGAUUAGGUGAGAAAGCGGCGCCGCACGGAGGGAGGAAACGAGAAAGAGCGAAGAGGAGAAGAGGGGGCGCGACUACUUUCUCUGUUUUCCAAUCGUACCCUUCUAACAUGGACGGAUGGAUUUAUCUCUGUACCUCCCAGUACCAGUACCUACCGGUACAAGUUGCUGGAUGGGAGCAACGCUCAAGCAGUCGAAUACAUGAAUCAUCCAACUUGGACCAGCUCCAAAAAUGUAUUGCACAAAGACUGAAAUCCAAAAGAUUUUAUCACUUAAAAUUCUUGGACCUAGGGUAUAGUAAGUGUAUUUUGCCACAAGACAUUUCUUGCCUAGUCAAUUUGCGCCAUUUAAUUUCUAAAAUGGAGCUAUGUUCCAAUAUUCCUGGGAUUGGAAAGAUGAAGUAUUUACAGUGGCUGGAAGAGUACCAUGUUAAGAAAGAGGACAUUGGAUUUGAACUGAGUGAGUUGGGGAAUUUGACAGAGCUUGGAGGAGAGCUAAAGAUAUUUAACCUUGAAAAUGUGGCAACAAGAGAAGAAGCAAAUGAUGCUAAAUUGAUAUCGAAAAGGAAUCUGAAAGCAUUGACACUAGUUUGGAGUGCAAAGCAACUCUCCAUAGGAUCUGGCGUUCUUGAUGGUCUGCAACCACAUCCUAAUCUUAGAGCACUUGACAUACGAAACCAUGGUGGUUCCACUGGACCUACUUGGUUGUGUGGUGAUGUUUGUGUCAAAGGCUUGAAAUCUCUCCAUCUAGAAGGCUUAUCUUGGGGAACUUUCCCACCUUUCGGGCAACUAAUGCAUCUGGAGGAACUUACUUUGAUCAAUAUUGCUGGCAUACGUAAGUUUGGACCUGAUUUUGGUGGUGUUACCCAAAAGAGUUUUUUACACUUGAAGAAAAUUAAAUUUGUUGGCAUGCCAGAACUUGUGGAGUGGGUUGGGGGAGCUCAUUGGCAUUUGUUUUCAAAGCUUGCAAGCAUCAGAUGUGAAGAUUGUCCCAAUUUCUCGGUGCUACUGUUGCCAUUCUCUAAGUGCUCUGUCAUUUGCACACAAGACAUAAACACAGUAUGGUUCCCAAACCUGUGUUCUCUUGAGAUUCGAAAUUGCUCCAAGUUGUCAUUGCCACCCAUGCCUCACAAUACCAUGCUAACACGUGUUACUGUGAAAGAAGAUAAUCAAGCAAAGCUGCAUUUUGAAGAAGAGACACUGAGAAUAGAUGGUUAUGGGGGUGCUUUGGCUUUCCAUAACCUGGACAAAGUAAAAGAUAUGACAAUUGAAAACAUGUUCCACAUUUCAUUGACUGAUCUCCAAAAGCUGAAUUCAUUAACAAGCCUUGAUGUCACAGGAUGCAAAAGCAUCCUCCUCGCUGCGACCCUCAUCGAGUUGAGAUUCACGUCUGACUUGAUUACAGAAAGCUUCACAGAAAAGCAGGAGCAGAAAGGUGAGAGCAAGAUGUCUCAGGGGCAGAGGCACAUUGACCCAGUAUGGUCCACUGGGCACAAUGCUUGCAGCAACCGGAUGGCGAGCAAGGUUACAGAGACGGCGCCGGGGGCCCUCUCCAAUGGGCUGUGGCUUGCCUGGGCCGAAUGCGCUCAAACAAAUCAGCCCAUGUGUGUGUUUGGGGUGGCCCAGGGGCCAGCCAGACUCUUGGGCUUCUCCUCUCUCUACUCCACCACGCAUUGCAAGCAGAGAGGCGCGAGGUCUCUUCUUCCUCCACGCAUGACGCCUCCGGAUGAGUAG